GAAAAAUCAUAUUAAAUUUCGAAAUUUGUAUUUCCUUCUUGAGACUGAUGAAAUAUAGAAAAAAAAAGAAAAAAAGAAAAAGCAAUGUUAGAAUUCAUAUUAAUAAGGUAAAUGGUUUCGCAUUUGUACCAAGUGCAUAAUACACUAAAAAAAACAGCCACUCCAAAGUUGGAUGUUCUGUUGCAAAGAAAACUACAUCAUUUCAGUCUACAAAAUGGAUUUGUUUACUUCCCAUUCCAUAAAUUAUAGUUCACAACAUUAGCCAUCAAGCUAGACUAGAAAUGGACUCAGCCAACACCAAACUCUUGGCAGAGCAAUCUUCCUCAAGAAAACAGAGGAAGAUAACCUUUAUCAUAUCUUUGAUCAUCUUAUUCACAAUUAUCAUCUCCUCAAUCGUUUCAGUCCUCUUAAUCCUCAAACACAAAGCAGAAUCUGAAUCCCUACUUGCGCUCGCAACUCCGGCCGAAGCGAUCAGAGCCGUCUGUUCUCUCAUUCAUGCCCCACCAUCAUGCUCAACAUCAAUAUUAUGGGGCUUUCAGAGCAUCAAUUAUAAUACUAGUAAUUCACCAUCAAACAAUAUUAGUCCAUCUCAAAUAUUUGCUCUUUCACUUCUUGUUACUUACAAGGAGCUCGCAAACCUCAAUUCAGAUUUUCACAAGGUCAUUCCUAAGGCCAAAGUUUCUUCAAGAAAUAUUGUAUCAUUAAGAAGAUGCCAGAAUUUGACCAGAGAUUCAUUGAGGCUGAUCAACCAAUCCAUGAUCUCAGUUGGGAUUUCCCCGAAAGACGAAAUCUUUAAGGAUUUGGAAAGGGUUGGUAAUCUAAAGAAUUGGAUCAAAACUGCUGAUGAAAAUUUGAAGGAGUGCUUGGAUGAGCUUAAACUUGAUCAGGAAAGAUUGAUUUUUGGGACAAACUUUUAUUUGGCAAGAAUGAAGCGUGGGGUGUUAGUGUCCAGGCAAUAUGUGAUAACAAGCUCUAUGAUUCUGGAAGAGAAGGAUGUCAUUCUCGACAUGUUCUACAAUCCUAUUCACAUUCAUACAGUUUUGUUUAACAUAAUGUUGAGUACGAGUGGAUUUGAUUUUAGUCUAGUGUUCUUUCCCUCUCAAUAUUUGGUGUUGCUGUUUUUGCUUUGCUUGUUUUUCCGGUUGUAUUAGUGUUUCGGAAUGGAAAUUUCCGGCUUUUUCUCAUUUCUACUGCAAUUUUUUACUUUCUUUAUAGAAAUCUUCUUGGUGUUGCCUACUUGUCUGAAAAGUAAAUUGAUGAACAGAAUCUAAGGACAAAAUGCAACUGGUGUAUAAAGUUUUGUAGUUACAUUUCUAUGUAAACAGAUGUUGUACUGGGCUAAUGAACUGGUUUUCGCCUUUCACAGUGAUAUGGUCAUAUGCUCGGAUGGACACAUCAAAUUAGCUAUAACUACUAACUAUUUACCUACAGAAGUCGGAUCCUGAAGUAGAAAAUUCAUUGAAUUAUGAUCCCCACUUAAUUUGUCAAGCAAAAAAACACGUAAUACAAAACAUGAGAAAGUUUAACAUUAGUCACCAAAGUUCUUCAGUCAGAUUUGAAUUAUUAACUACG